AUGAAUAAAUUUGAAAUUCUUUCUCAUGAUAAUCUUCGACUUUCUGGUUAUGAUUGGCCAUCUAAUCAAGAUCCAGAUUCACCAAUUGCUGUAUUAAUACUUGUACAUGGUAUUGCAGAACAUUGUAAACGAUAUGAAUAUUUUGCAAAAUUUUUUAAUGAUAAUGAUAUAGCAGUAGUUUCAAUGGAUUUACGUGGUCAUGGUUUAAGUGAAGGAAAACAUACUUAUAUACCAACAGCUGAAGCUAUAUAUCAAGAUGUUGAUUCAUUAAUAAAAAAAGCAAAAUGUCGAUAUCGAAAUUGUCCAGCUAUACUUUAUGGACAUUCAAUGGGUGGAAGUAUAGUAUUAUCUUAUACACUUAAUCGUUAUUCAAAUCCAUCAGAUAAAUGUCCAUAUCAAGCUUUAAUUGUAUCAAGUCCUUGGAUUCGUUUAGCACGAUUUCUUCAACCACCUCGUCCUAUUCAUUCAUUAAUUCGAAAAUUUAGUCGAAUACGUCCAUCAUUAAAAGUUCCACUUCGAUUUAAUCCAGCUAAAAUAACACGUGAUGAACAUAUUGUUUAUACUUAUAAUGAUGAUCCUGAUAUACGUCGAUCAGCAACAUUAUCACUUGCUUAUACAAUGGGUAAUAUAGCAAGAAAACUUGAUCGAUCAAAUAGUACAUUUUAUAUACCUGUUUUAAUUCAACAUGGAUCGGCUGAUGCAAUAACAAGUCAUAAAGCAAGUUCAAAAUUUGCUAAUCGAGGAAAAAAUAUUCAAUUUCAAAGUUGGCCUAAUUGUUUUCAUGAAUUACAUAAUGAACCUGAAAGAGAAGAAAUCUUACAUUUUAUAUUAGAUUGGAUUCAUGAAAAAGCUAUUGAUUAG